CAAAAAAUUUCUAUAGAGUGGCACUACUGUUUGUGUCUAUGCUGUGGACUAUUUCAUAAAGAGUUCAGUUUAGUCAGUAAUUAGAAUGGCUUCAAAUCUGGAGAACGCUGAUAUUUUGAAAGAUUUUGAAACACAAGUUCAAAGAGCAAAAUGGUUCAAAGACGAAUUGGAAAAGCAAGAGGGGUGGACGCAAAGAUUUAAUAAAAUUGGAGAAUAUAACUCAUGGAGCAAAACAUUUCCAAAUGACGAAGUGCCGGUGAAAACUUUAUUUAGGUUCGAAAAUCUGCCAUUAAGUGCUGAAAAGUUUGCCGAAAUAUUGCAUCCCUCGAAACUCGAUAUUCGAUUAAAGUGGGACAAAGCAUUCACUGGCACAGAGAAGUUGGAAACCUUAUCAGAUGAAUCAGCAAUUGUUUUUACGGUUGUGCAACUUCCAUGGCCUUUCACUUCGCGUGAUAUGGUUUUGCACUUGUCAACGGCAAAGGAAAUCGAUUGGUUUGGAAGGAAAGCUUUUGCAAUAUUUGUCAAUAAUGCCACGCAUGCGUUAAAGCCACUUGGAGGAGAAGGUAUGAUUCGGGCAACUAAUGGUGGAAAUUUUUACAUUGCUGUACAAGAUAAAGAGGAGCCUGAAGUGAAAUGCGAAGUUUUUGGUUUGACGAAUAACAACUAUAAUGGUUGGUUACCUCAAAAAAAUGAAUGGUUUGUUUCGCCAAGGGCGUCGAAAGUUUUCUGUGCAUUUAGAGAAAGCGUAAUUCAAGGUUAUAAGAAUUAUUUCAGCUCCUAAUCUUACUGUAAAACACAUGCUAACAUAUAUUUCAGUGGUGCUUUGUUAGUUUAUUUAUGAAAUUACAAGGUCCACCCUUUCUAAAUUUAGAGAUAUUGUGAAAAAACAGUGGCUAUAUAUUUUUACAGAAUUGGCACUUUCUAAACAAUCAUACCAGGGCUUGCUAAAACUGUAAUUUGGUAGUUCAUUCUCUACAAAUAGUCAUUUAGCUUUUCAGUUUAUGUGAUAUCUUUUUAUAAAAGUAUCACUUUCUUGUAAUAACAUAUUUUCUGCAUUUUUUCACAAGACACAUAAAAAAGUUUCUCAUCUGCAAAUAA